UCGAGACUUAUAUAACCUCCCCCCUUUCCUUCAUUUCAUCCAUUUUCUCUCUCCCCAAACUCGAGUGUUUCGACACUCUCUCUCACUCUGAAAACCUCGCCAAAGCGUAACAAUGGCGGACCACCUCUUCAACAGCAUCUCCCUCGGCGGUCGUGGCGGCACGAAGCCAGGGCAGAUGAGAAUCAAUUCAGGCGGGAUCCUGUGGAAAAAGCAGGGAGGUGGAAAAGCUGUUGAAGUUGAUAAGAGUAAUAUCUCUGUGUUAUUCUGGAUGAAGGUGCAAAGGUCCACUCAACUUGGAGUUCGAAGCAAAGAUGGAUUGUACUAUAAGUUUAUAGGUUUCCGGGAUACGGAUGUUGCCACUCUGACCACUUUCUUCCGAAGCAGCUUUGGAAUAACCCCAGAAGAGAGACAAGUGUCAGUCAGUGGGCAUAAUUGGGGAGAAGUUGACUUCAAUGGGAAUAUGUUGACUUUUCUCGAUGGCUCAAAACAAGCAUUUGAGCUAUCUUUAACUGAUGUCUCACAAACACAGAUGCAAGGAAAAACUGAUGCUAUAUUGGAGUUCCAUUUGGAUGAUGCAGCUGUUGCCAAUGAGAAAGAUACACUUAUGGAGAUAAGUUUCCACAUACCGAAUUCGAACACCCAGUUUGUUGGUGAUGAAAAUCGCCCUUCAGCACAAGUGUUCCAUGAUAAGAUCAUGUCUAUGGCUGAUGUAGAUGCAGAAGAAGCUGUUGUCACAUUCGACGGUAUUGCUAUUCUUACUCCAAGGGGUCGGUAUAGCGUUGAACUGCAUCUUUCAUUCUUACGUCUCCAAGGACAAGCUAAUGAUUUUAAAAUCCAGUAUAGCAGCGUUGUUCGACUAUUCUGUCUUCCCAAGUCAAACCAACCACAUACAUUUGUUGUUAUCACUCUUGAUCCUCCAAUUCGUAAAGGGCAAACGUUGUACCCUCAUAUCGUAAUGCAGUUUGAGACCGACUAUGUUGUUGAAAGCACUCUUUCCAUGAAUGAAGACCUCUUGAAUACCAAGUACAAGGAUAAGUUGGAAUCUUCGUACAAGGGUCUCAUUCAUGAUGUGUUUACAAACAUAUUGCGUGCCUUAUCUAGCGCCAAGGUCACCAGGCCUGGGAAAUUCCGCAGCUGCCAAGAUGGCUAUGCUGUCAAGGCAUCACUUAAAGCUGAAGACGGAAUUCUAUACCCACUUGAAAAGAGUUUCUUCUUCUUACCCAAACCUCCAACCCUUAUUCUUCACGAGGAGAUUGAUUUUAUGGAGUUCCAAAGGCACGUUGUUGCGGGGUCCAAUAUGCAUUACUUUGAUCUUCUUGUAAAACUGAAGACAGAUCAGGAACAUCUCUUCCGAAAUAUCCAGAGGAGUGAAUACCAGAACUUGUUUGAUUUCAUCAGUGCUAAGGGCUUGAAAAUCGUGAAUGUCGGAGAAGGUGCUAAUCUACCUUCAAUCUCCAUUGCACCUCUAAGUAGUGAUGAUGAAGUUGUGGACCCACAUUUGAGAAGAAUCAGGGAUGCACAAGAUGAAAGUGAUGAAGAGGAUGAAGAUUUUGUUAUAGACAAGGACGAUGGAGGGUCUCCUACUGAUGACUCUGAAGAAGAUCAUUCAGAUGGUAGUGUUAGUGGCGAUGAGAAAGAGAAGCCUGCUAAGAAAGAAAAGAAAGACUCGGCAUCAUUAAAACCUUCUUCAAGCAAGAAGAAAUCUAGAGACGGGGAUGAAGACGGAUCGAAGAAGAGGAAAACGAAGAGGAAAAAGGAUCCAAAUGCUCCUAAAAAGGCAAAAACCGGUUUUAUAUUCUUCUCUCAAGCUGAGCGGGAGAACACAAAGAAAGAAAAUCCAGGGAUUGCAUUCUUAGAAAUGGGGAAGGCUCUUGGAGAGAAAUGGAGGAAAAUGUCAGCCGAGGAAAAAGAACCCUUUGAAGCACAAGCUCGCGCUGACAAGAAACGGUACAGUGAAGAAAUUGGUGAUUACAAGAAUCCGCAAUCUGUAAAUGUGGAUUCGGGGAAUGAUUCUGAAAGCGAAUGAAUGAUGUUGUGGAAAUCUUCCUUUGUAGCUAUUUUGAAUGAGGAUCAAUAAUCAUAUGAUUAUCUUGUGUAGUUAAUUUAUUCCGUAGUUAUUUUCUGUAGAAUCUGUACCAAGGUAAGUACGGAAAUUAGAUGUUUACUCGUGUGAACUUGUUUUGGAUGAGUUAAACAUGGAAUUUUGGCAGCUCC